AAACGAUUGUCGCCGACGAUCGAUUGUUGAUCGUUUAUGGGCUGCCGAUUCCGAUUAUCGAUUACGAAUUUUAUGAUCGAUUGUCGCUACAAUAAACAUGUGUAAGAGUAAAACGAAACAAACACGUACGCAUUAAUAAUACGAUGGUAGUCAUGAUACAAUUGAAAACGAAACAAGAGAAAAUGGCGUCCGAGGUCGACGACGAGAUAAUAACAACGAGAUGGAAAUAUAUCCCUACCCGGGGAAGGCAAAAUCUGAUGUGUGGAAGUUCUUUGGCUUUCUCAAAAAGACGGAUGGUCCACCGAUAAAAGCUAAUUUGGACAUGACUACGGCGAUUUGCCGAGUAUGCAAGAAAAAGUAUGCAAACAAAGGGAACACGACGAAUUUUCGAAUGCACAUCGAUGGCGAACAUUACGGUGACUUAGAACCUAAAUUAAAACAAAAGAGUCAGCCCCGUCUUGAUAGCUUCCUCAAAACAAACAAACCUGUUGGGAAAAUAAGUCCAGAAAGGCAGUCAACAAUUGACGAUGCAUUAAACAAAAUGAUCGUUGGCAAGGUUUUACCUGUGAGCAUUGUUGACAACAUCUACUUCAGGGCCUUUGUGGAACUCUUAGAUCCGAGAUACCAGGUACCUUCCCGGCCAACUGUCAUCAAACGAUUAGAAGAAAAAAAGUUGAAAGUUGAAGACAAACUUAAAAGCCAGUUGAAGCUCUCUGCAGAUAUAUCUAUAACACAUGAUGGCUGGACAAGCUUGAACACAGAGUCAUAUUACACAACAACUGUACAUUUUAUUGACAAUGAUUGGUGUUUGCAAAGUGCUGUUUUAGGAACAAUAAAACUUGCAGGGAGUCACACAGGUCAGAACAUAGCUAACGAACUUAAAAAUACACAAGAUCGUUGGUCCCUUCCUAAACCAACUGCAACCUCAGACAACGCAGCAAAUGAACAAAAGGCUUAUGAAAUUCUUGGUUGGAAUAGAUUUGGAUGUUAUGGACAUCGAAUCAAUCUGAUAGUGAAAAACUCUCUGUCAUUUCCUGAGGUAACCAGAGUUUUAGGGAAGGCCAGAACACUGGUAGGUUUUUUCCAUAAAUCCAGUAGCAUGACAGAUAUGCUGCAUGAAAAGCAAAAAUUACUAUUUAGUGACAGUAAAGUGGGACACAGGCUUCUGAUUGAUGUGGCAACCAGAUGGAACUCAACUCUGUUCAUGCUACAACGUCUCCUUGAACAAGCACCAGUUCUUAUGGCCUUAGCUAAUGAUACAUCCUUGCCCAAGCAUGCCAGUACAACUCUCAAGAACUCUGUAUUCAAUUUUGUCGAGUUGACCUUGGUUGAAAACAUGGUGAAGAUUCUUGUCCCAUUUGAAAAAGCUACCACCCUUGUUUGUGCAGAUCAGCAUCCCACCAUGCACAAAGUCCUUCCCAUAGUUACAAAACUUAUGCGAGCAACUGAGAUUUCAGAUGAUGAUGCAGCAGUUAUAAAGAAGAUAAAACAGAAAAUGCUAGCAGAGAUGAGCAAAAGAACACAAUCAGAAGAUAUUUCUCUUAUGGCCUGUUUGUUGAAUCCUUUUACAAAAGGCUUAGACUUUGUAUCAGAAGAGAGAGAAAAGGCACAUGCUCUCCUGAGAGGAUUGGUAUGUGGAAUUACCAUUGUUAAGAAAGAGAAAGACACCCAAGAGGCACCUGAAGGAGAAGUCUCAGCAGAAAAAGAUAAUAAUGUUCCUGCUCUUCCAAACCUAAACUUACCUGAUAAUGAGACUGGCCAUGAAGUCCAUGAUCUUUCUCAGCCAUCUGCUGCGAAAAAACUGAAAUCAGCCGACACUGAUGAUUGGUUAGAGGAUGUGGUAUGUGUAGGAGAAAGUUUAGAUGUAGGAAGUGCUGCAGAGCAUGAGAUUGAAAGAUACCUAGGUUGUCAGAUUGAUGCAGUUGAUCAUAAUUUAACUGUGUUGGAAUGGUGGAAGAAAAAUUCUCUAUUUUUUCCUAGGAUCUCAAUACUGGCCAAAAAAUUUCUGGCCAUCCCGGCAUCAUCUGUGUCAUCUGAGAGGGUUUUUAGUCUUGGGGGACAAAUUGUUUCUAAGAAAAGAUGCAGACUCAGCCACAGCAAUGUGGACUUAUUCAUUUUUUUAAACAAAAACAUGAAGUACUGGUAGUCUGGUAGAUGUGUGAUGCCAUUAUGAAUUCUUGAACAGAUCAGAUCUAGUCAAACAUUUUAGACAGUUUAUUUCUUAUGGAAAAAAAUGUUUCUCUUUUCCAAGUCCUUUAUUGUUAUUUUUUGUUAUUAAUGCAACAGAGAGUUGUCUUGAAAUGUUGAGAUUAAACUCAAAUUACUUAAUAUGUGUUGUCCUUAGUUUGUUCUAUGCAUAAAAAAUGCUAAACAGAAAUUGAAUUUUGUGAAUAAUUUAUUUACUGAUUAUUUCGAUCAUUGAUCGAUUAUGCUUGUCCGAUUUUAACCGAUUAUCGAUUUAAAAA